AUGCUGCCGGCGCUGCUGUGGCUGCUGCUGGCCGCCCGUGCCGGCCGCGCCGCGCCGCCGCCGCCCGCACCUGCCGAGCCCGGCGCGCCGCCCGGCCGGCCCCCCGCCCCCGGGCCGCCCCGCGGGGCCGUGCGGCGCCUCGACCCGACCUACGCGGGGGGCGGCAGGGCGGGCUACGUGCUCUACGCCGGGGGACAGCGCUUCCUGCUCGACCUGGAGCGCGACGGGCCGCGCUGCCACUACCGCGGCACGGUGGACGGCAGCCCGCGCUCGCUCGCCGUCUUCAACCUCUGCGGCGGCCUCGACGGCUUCUUCGCCGUGGGCCGCUCCCGCUACACCGUGCGCCCGGCGCGCCGCGCUCCGCACGCAGAGGCCGCGGCGCGGAUCUACGGCGAGGGCCCGGCCCGCGCUCCCCACGUCUUCCGCCGGGAGAGCUUCAGCUUCGAGACGGUGCCGGCCCGCACCAGCUGCGAGACCCGGGACCCCGCCAGGCCGGCGGGCGGGGACGGGCGGCGGCGGCGGCGGCGGCGCUCCGUGUCCCGGGCCCGGCAGGUGGAGCUGCUGCUGGUGGCCGACGCCUCCAUGGUGCGCAAGUACGGGAAGGGGCUGCAGCACUACCUGCUCACGCUGGCCUCCAUCGCCUCCCGGCUCUACGCGCACGCCAGCCUGGAGAACCACGUGCGGUUGGCCGUGGUGAAGGUGGUGGCGCUGGGCGACAAGGAGAAGGGGCUGGAGGUCAACAGGAACGCCGCCACCACGCUCAAGAACUUCUGCAAGUGGCAGCACCAGCACAACCGCCUCGACGAUGACCACGAGGAGCACUACGACGCCGCCAUCCUUUUCACCCGCGAGGAUUUAUGUGGGCAUCAUUCCUGUGAUACCCUGGGAAUGGCAGACGUUGGGACCAUCUGCUCCCCCGAGCGCAGCUGCGCGGUGAUUGAAGACGACGGCCUCCACGCAGCUUUUACGGUGGCUCACGAAAUUGGGCACUUGCUUGGGCUUUCCCAUGAUGACUCCAAGUUCUGUGAGGAGAACUUUGGCUCCAUGGAAGACAAGCGCCUGAUGUCCUCCAUUCUGACCAGCAUUGAUGCUUCAAAACCCUGGUCCAAGUGUACUUCAGCAACUAUCACAGAAUUCUUUGAUGAUGGCCAUGGGAACUGCCUGCUGGACCAGCCCAGGAAGCACAUUGUGGGCCCCGAGGAGCUGCCGGGGCAGACGUACGACGCCAUCCGGCAGUGCAAGCUGGCGUUCGGCGCCGAGUACACCGUGUGCCCUGGCAUGGACGUGUGCUCGCGCCUCUGGUGCGCCGUGGUGCGCCAGGGACAGAUGGUCUGCCUCACCAAGAAGCUGCCUGCCGUCGAGGGAACCCCCUGUGGCAAAGGAAGGAUCUGCCUCCAAGGGAAAUGUGUGGACAAAACCAAGAAGAAGUACUACUCGGCUUCAAGCCAUGGCAACUGGGGAUCCUGGGGCCCCUGGGGACAGUGCUCCCGUACCUGUGGAGGGGGAGUUCAGUUUGCCUAUCGGCACUGCAACAACCCAGCCCCCAGGAACAACGGGAGAUACUGCACAGGCAAGCGAGCCAUCUACCGCUCCUGCAACGUCACCCCCUGCCCCGCCAACGCUAAAUCCUUCCGACAAGAGCAAUGUGAAGCAAGGAAUGGCUAUCAGUCUGAUGCAAAGGGGGUCAAGACUUUUGUGGAAUGGGUCCCCAAGUAUGCUGGAGUACUGCCUGGAGAUGUCUGCAAGCUCACCUGCCGAGCCAAAGGAACCGGUUAUUAUGUGGUAUUUUCUCAGAAGGUCACUGAUGGCACAGAGUGUCGACCCUACAGCAACUCAGUCUGCGUGCGAGGGAAGUGCAUCCGAACGGGCUGUGAUGGCAUCAUCGGAUCCAAGCUCCAGUAUGAUAAGUGUGGGGUGUGUGGAGGAGACAACUCCAGCUGCACAAAAGUCAUGGGAACCUUCACCAAAAAGAGCAAGGGCUACACGGACGUGGUGAAGAUCCCAGAAGGGGCGACCCACAUCAAGGUGCGGCAGUUCAAAAGCAAGGACCAGAGCAGGUUCACGGCCUACCUGGCCCUGAAGAAGAAGAACGGGGAGUACCUGGUCAACGGCAAGUACAUGAUCUCCACCUCGGAAACCAUCAUCGACAUCAACGGCACCGUCAUGAACUACAGCGGCUGGAGCCACAAGGACGACUUCCUGCACGCCAUGGGCCACUCGGCCACCAAGGAGAUCCUGAUCGUGCAGAUCCUGGCCACAGACCCCACACAGCCCGUGGACGUGCGCUACAGCUUCUUCGUGCCAAAGAAACAGGGCCAGCUGCCAAACUCUGUCCCCAGCAGCGGCGGUGGCGGCGGCAAAGCGACGGCGCAGGCCGCGCAGCCCCGCUGGGUGACGGGGCCGUGGCUCUCCUGCUCUCGAACGUGCGACACGGGCUGGCACACCAGGACUGUGCAGUGCAAGGAUGGGCACGGGAAACUGGCCAAGGGAUGUCUGCUCUCCCAGAGACCCUCAGCGUUCAAACAGUGCUUGCUGAAAAAGUGCUAA